AAACAUCUUCAGAAAGUAGGAAGAUAUUGACGAGGAAGAUGUUUGCCAUGGCCUCCACCUUUGCGAUUCUUCUGCUCAUGUCUUCAGGUUUAUUUAAGACAACAACUGGUGACUACUGUUACAGCUACCUCACAAAAGAUAACAAGCUCAAGGACACGAUCAACUGCUUAGGUCUUUAUUGCUGUGGGAGUUGUGAAUUCAGAUACUGCUGCCCCUUACCAUCGCUGCAGUUUACUGAAAGUGAACAAUUCUUCUGCAACUUCAAUAGUGAUAUUGUCAUUGCCUUAAUCGUGGGAGUUGUGAUCACCAUCAUUGGGAUCAUCGUCUGCUGCUUCGUCUGCAGGAUGUGCAGAAGGACCAGACCUGUGGCAGGAGCACAUGUAACUACAGUCAUGAAUACAACACAGUUAGUACAGCAGCAGCCUGCCAUUCAGAAUCCAGCAUACCAGCCUGUGCCGACUCAACCAGGUUACAGCGUUCAGCCUGCGCAAUUGGGACCAUAUCCACCCCAGCUGUCUGCACCUGUCCCAUAUAACACAGCCAUGAGCCCUGAAUAUCCUACUGUUCAGGCCUACAACCCUGCCUACACACAGCCAGCAAAAACAGGUUUCUAAAAACCACACACGUCUGUCACAUCUCUUUCGAAGUCUGAAGGUUGAUGCACAUUGCAUGACAGGAAAACAGUGCAACACGGUGCAUAAAAAAAUUAAAUAAUUAGGUGACGACUAGUAUUUGACUAAGCUUUACAAGAACACACCAUUUCAGUUUAGCCUUUGGCUUGAAAAUUUAACAUUUAAUUCAAUGUGUUACUACUUUCUUUUUAAUUGUGAAAUUUACUAGCAGUUUCUGAGUGAUGUUGAGUGUUUGAACAGUGUUGUGUUAAACUGUAUCAUAUAACAAAGAUACUGAAACAUUGAACAAGUUAACAUUCACUUUUGUAAGAAAACGUAUGAUUUUAUUAUUUCAAUUAGCAGGAUCUGGGAUUAUAUUAAAACAUGUUUAGAGUUUUUUUAUAAAAUAAAGUUAGAUUUGAAUAAUUAAGCAGCUUACAAUAUUCAAAUGCAUUUAGCAAAUGAAAAGCAAACUUUAAGAGUUUAAGAACCACCUGUUUCUGUACAGUUUGUUCCAGUUCCUUUUUUAGCUUUAUUAUUUCAGGUUAUUAUGUGGGUUAUAUCGGUUACAACUCUUGUACAUUUAACUGGUGAUUUAUACUGAAGAGCUUAAUCUCUGCCUCGCUAUGUGUGAGAGAUGUGAAACAUGCAUGGCUCAAAAAAAAGAACAAACCAGUGAAAAACAGGACAUUUAAGGCAGUGUUUCCCAACCCUGUUCCUGAAGGCACACCAACAGUCCACAUUUUCAACCUCUCCCUAAUCAAACACACCUGAAUCAUCUUAUCAUAACAUCAGAAGAGACUCCAAAACCUGAAGUUAAUGGGUCAGAAAAGGGAGACAUCCAAAAUAUGUACUGUUGGUGUGCCUCCAGAAACAGGGUUGGGAAACACUGAUUUAAGGUAUGUUUUAUGAAUGUACACCAUUUGAAUGUUUCUGAAAGAAAUAAGAAACGAUGCCUAGUGUUUGUAUUGUUUUUUAUCUAACUGUAAGAAUUUGUACAAUUUUACUUAAUGUAACACAUUGUUUUUUUAUUGUUUUAAUGUUGAAUAAAUGUUUUGAAUACGA